UAUCUUGUUGUUCGUACUGCAGUAGACGUAAUGACUUCGUUUUCUGGAAUGUGUAUGUUAGCAUUAACUCAGUAACGUCACUAACAUGUUUAUUUGUAAGUCGUUUCAAACUCCACUCACUAAACCUCUCUCUGGGAAAGGAGACUUAAAAUGUAUGAUCACAUAUAAAACCUAUUUACUUCUUAAACAUACUUGGGGUUUUGAUCCUAUAUCUGCAUGUUUUUGACGUCCAUACAAAGCCGUGAGAUACAUUCCUUUAGGGGAGGUUGACUUAAAUGAUCACCAACACUCGAGCAACGUUCCCCUAUAACACAUCGGUUGUCCCAAGGUAGUGCAAGCAGACGGAGCAUUGCCUUCACGGGCCUUGUAGCCACGUGGACCUCCCUGCUCGGUGCCGCCUCUCAAUACCUUCCCCUAUUCCCCUGAAGGUGUUCGCCAGAGAUGCGGACGUGGGCAUGAACGGUGACCUGGACUACAGCAUCAGGACCGGCAAGGGCAAGAAGGGCCGCUUCAAGAUCCACCCGAAGACUGGCCAAGUGUACAGCAACAAGGCCUUUCCCCCGAGCAAGACCUUCGAUUUGAUGAUCCAGGUGAAGGACAACGGGGCGCCGCAGCUGACGGCCACCACGCGGGUCCUCGUGCGUGUGAUGGACGUGCCCGAGGAGUCUCCCAACCCGCCGGUCCUGCAGCCGCCGCCCCCCGCCCACGUGAUGGAGACGGACGCGCCGGGCCACCUGGUGUCCUUCAUCAACGCUCGGGACCCGGAUAACGACACCUUGUGGUACUACAUCACAGAGGGUGACGAGAGCGGCCGGUUCAGCAUGGGCGUGGACUCUGGCCUGGUGAGCUUGGCCCGCCGCCUGGACCACGAGGAGCAGCACCACUACGCCCUCACCGUCACGGCCACAGACGGCGUCCACACCGCCGCCACCAAGCUCGUGGUGGAGUUGAUUGUCGCCAAUUAUCACCGCCAGGUGUUCAGCGCCAGGACCUACGAGGGUGCCGUGAGCGAGGACGUGGCGCCGGGGUCCACCGUGGUCACCCUGCAGUGCCGAGACAGGGACCAGUCACCCACGGCGUCCUCCGCGGUGUACUUCACGCUGCACCACGCCCAGGCCUUGGCGUCCCAGGGCCUCUUCACCGUGGACUCGUUCACUGGUGACCUCAUCGUGGCCGAGCCCCUGGACAGGGAGGUGUCCAGCGUCCACGAGCUGACCGUGAGCUGCAGGGACCGCGGCCGACAGGAGAACGCAGACUUUGCCCGCGUGUCCGUGACGGUGGAGGACGACAACGACCACGAGCCCGUCUUCCUGGAGCCCAUGAUCAUCGCCAAGGUGAGCGUGGGGGCCGCGGCGGGCACGGCGGUGGUGCGGGUGAUGGCGCUGGACCACGACAAGGGCGACAACGGCAGGAUAUCCUACUCCAUCUUCGAGGGUGAGUGUGGGCGGGUGAGUGAGAGUAAUGCUGGAGGAAUCUUCAACAUUGACACUGCCCUCGGCGUGAUCAGCCUCACCCGAACCCUGGCCGACGCCCAGCCCCCGGAGCCCGCCGCCUCGGUGCCGGUCCGGGUCAUGGUGACCGCCUCGCAGAGCUUGCCGCCCUCCUGGCAGGGCAAUAAGCCGCACGUGGAGGAGGUCAGGGAGUGGGUGGCGGUGGGCACGGCCCUGGCGCGCGUCACGGCGUCCUCACCGUCGGCCCUCCACUACUCGCUGACGGGCGGGAAUGAACACAGCGCCUUCGUCAUCAGCCCCGCCUCGGGGGUGGUCAGCGUGGCCACGCCCCUGGACUACGAAACCACCUCCUGGUACAACCUGACCAUCACGGCCACCAACCUGGCCGGGGUGUCCCGCAGCACGUGGCUGGGCGUGACGGUCCUCGACGAGAACGACUGGUGGCCGGAGUGGGAGCGACUUUCCUACCACGGCAGCGUCCUGCAGACCGCCGGCCGCGGCGCCCCCGUGCUGGCCGCCCACGCCCACGCCCAGGCCAGCCCCAGCCAGCUCACGGUGACCGCCCGGGACCGUGACCAAGGCUACAACGGCAGAGUGACCUACACCAUCGUGGAGAAGGACAUCACAAAGUUGUUUUCAAUCAACCGACACACAGGAGCUGUGUGGGUGUCUGGCAGCCUGGACACAGUGGCCGGCACCACGGUGAGGCUGAGUGUGUGGGCCACGGACGGGGGCAGCCCCCGGCGGGAGUGUGUGGCGCCCGCCCCAGUCUUCAUCACGGUGAGGGAGGUGAAGGCUGCCCCAAUGGCCUUCCCCAAGACCCACUACUCAGCCGUCCUCUACCUGCCAACCUACCCUGGUGUGAGGGUGUUCUGCCUGGGCCGGGAGGAGCAGCCACGCCACCACGUGGAUGUGAAUGAUAUCACCGAUAUUUCAUAUUCCAUCGCUGCCGGUGACGACAGAGAAAACUUUGUGUUUGACAACGUGAACAAGUGUGUCAAGGUCCAGGACCAGUACAGCCUCAAGCCUCAGUACAACCUCACCCUCCAGGCCAGCGACUGGGCCGCAUAG